CAAAGUAGACCACGAAGUGCGGCGUGGUUAUUGCACGUUCCAAUGUCUGGCAACGAGUUGCAGGUCCGAGAUGACUGCGAUCCCGACGGGUGGCUCAUCUCGCCUGCUCCUGCGUGUGUCGACUCUCUCGUUGCAUGUUCUUCAAUCACUCCAGACGUCCGCGCGACGUUCACGGUGUGGUCGAAUACCACGCCAUGGCUCCAUCCCCUGUCGGAGGAAACGGCGCCAGCCUCAGUUGAUUCGUCAACGACACUCGGAAGAAGGAGGGUCCGACACAGCAUUUGGAUAUGCGGCGCUAUCGUCUUCAUGGUGGGCAUUCUCGGAGCAGCUAUAUUUGUGGUCAAGGUGGCGCUCAAUUCGACCGAGCGCAAACAGUCACCAUCCACCACUCCAGCUAUCGUCUCUACGUCACAACCGAUCCUCCCGCUUGAACCUCCUUCACCAAGCACCACUGCUGCGCCUGUAAAUCAGCUCGGCGAACCUGGCGCUCUGGUGUUUUUGAAUGAAUGCACGCCCGAAUCAACUGUGUACUUCACUCGAACAUUGCCAAAUUCUCCGUCAGAAGUGAGCUGUCGCGACCUCAAUUCGACCAAGUAUGCCAUGGUCGUUCCAGGAAAACCCUGGGAUGACGUCAUUGCUGGCAACUUUCGUUUAGGCAAAUCCAUCGCGGCCACAACGUUUGCUGUAAACCGUGAGUACGGCCAAGUGUUUUACUCGAUUUCCACGAACAAUGGUUUCAACGUGCCAGUGGAGGUUACUCCGAUGCGAGCUGGUGCUUCUCGUGAAGGUUGUCCCGUCCUGCGCUGCGACGGCAAGGACUGUGAGAAGCUCUUCCAUGCGCAGUGGGACUGCAUGUGGUUCGAGACCCUUCACAUCACCUUCUGCCCAAAAACUCGAUAGAUUUGAUAGAGAAAUAUAAAUGAGGAUUAUUUAAAUGGGUUUCGAUCGAUGGGAU